AUGCCGGCCACCACCGUGAAUAAGGAUUUGCAGGCUGAGCGGAAUAAGGGUAGCUUUGAUAAGAACGAAUUCACCCUCUGGUGGGUUGGAGGCAAGGAGAAGUUAAAGGAAAAACAGGACUUAGAACAAUUUUUUGAAAACGAUCCGGAGUUUCACAACGAAACUCCAAUUCAUUUCCUUUCGCAUAAGGAGUUGUACGAGGAAACGAUUCGGCAAUCAACGGCCAUCUUCCAUAAAGUGCGAAAGUUUCAUAUUGAUCGCGGAAAUGGCGAUCCGUCAAACUACAUGCAAAUUCUCGGUGGUCUACUAGGUAAUGGUAUCAUUCGACAGGGAAAUCCGCUGGGAAUCCACUUUGCUAUGUUUGUCCCAGCGUUGCUUGGCCAUGGUUCUCCAGAACAACAGGCGGAAUGGUUACCUCGCUCCCUGAAGUGCCAAAUACUCGGAACAUACGCACAAACCGAGCUCGGCCAUGGUACUUUCCUCCGAGGGCUGGAAACUACAGCAACGUAUGAUGAACGAACGAAAGAACUCGUGCUUGACAGCCCAACGCUUAGUUCGUACAAAUGGUGGCCAGGUGGAUUGGCACACACGGCCAACUAUUGUGUGGUGAUGGCGCAGCUGUUUUCAAAAGGAAAAUGCCACGGUAUUCAACCGUUUAUUGUUCAGUUACGUGACGAGGAAACACAUAUGCCACUGAAAGGCAUCACGAUCGGAGAGAUCGGUAACAAGCUCGGAAUGAACGGAGUCAAUAAUGGAUUUUUAGGAUUCAAAGACGUGCGCAUUCCUCGAAAGAACAUGCUGAUGAAGAACGCGAAGCUGUUGGAGGAUGGAACGUUCGUCAAACCACCAUCGCAGGCACUUACGUACGGCACGAUGAUGUUUGUACGAGUAAUAAUUGUACGAGAUACUGCUUUCCACCUUGCCAAGGUUGCCACAAUAGCCGUGCGUUACUCGUGCGUUCGUCGGCAAAGCCAUAUUAAUCCAGAUCAACCAGAAGUACAAGUUAUCGACCAUCUGACACAGCAGUACAAACUGUUUCCAUCCAUCGCCAGAAGCAUAGUGUUUAAGCUUGCGUCGGAUAAUCUUUGGGAAAUGUACAACCAGGUAACAUCCGAACUGGACCAGGGCAAUCUCGAGCGUCUCCCCGAAUUACACGCUAUUGCAUGCUGCCUUAAGGCGGUCACUACGGCAGAUGCCGCCAAAAGCGUUGAAACGCUCCGGAUGGCCUGCGGUGGUCACGGCUAUAUGACGUGUUCCAAUUUUUAUAACACUUACGGAUUUGUUACUGCCGCGUGCACCUACGAGGGCGAAAAUACUGUUUUACUUUUGCAGACGGCAAGGUAUCUUAUCAAGGUGUGGAAUCAAGCUCUCAAAGGACAAACGCUUUGUCCAACGGUGCAAUAUUUGAACAGCUUUAUCCAAAAUAAAUCCAAUCGUCACCCGUGGAUCGAUACGGUUCCUGGCAUCAUUAAAGCGUUGCAAACUGUUGCAGCUGGUAAACUUCGACUCGCGUACGAGCAUAUUGAGCAACGUAAAAAAGCGGGAUAUACACACGAAGAAGCAGUAAAUCUGACUUCGCUUGAGUUGGCACAAACGGCUGAAGCUCAUUGCCGUGCCUUCUUGGUCCAAUCUGGAUUCGAGAUGAUCGAGAAGCUGUGCCAGAAUGUGUCAGCACCGCUAGCGAAGGUGAUGCGAACUAUUGGCGAACUAUACGCUUAUAAUGAAGCGCUUGAUUCGAUCGGUUCGCUUGUCCGGUUUACCUCAAUCAGCGAGAGCGAUAUUAAUCGACUUCAGUCAAAGCUGGAGUUAGCACUGUUGGCCAUCCGGCCUAAUGCGGUUAACAUCGUGGAUGCAUUCGCGAUACCGGAUGUUCUUCUAGGUUCUCCAUUAGGAGCGUAUGAUGGAAACGUAUAUGAAAAACUAUACGAAGAAGCUAAGAAGAGUCCUCUCAAUCAGGAACCGGUUAACAAAUCAUUUCAUCUGUAUUUGAAACCAUUCAUGCGUUCUAGUUUGUAAAGGUGCAGCAUUAUCGCAGAAGAGUUUUUUGGUGCUAUAAGAGUCUAUUUUAUCGGGGUUAUGGGAAA